AAAAUAACUGAUGGUAACUCAACACGUUUGCUAGAUUAAUUAACCAAUUCUAUUAAUUAACAAAGUAGGUUCAUUUUGCUUUUGCGGUAUUGUUUACAUAUAAAAAAAAUACACGUUUAUUUAGCUUAUUUAUUUAAACUAAACAUAUUUGCAUAUAGAUUCUAUUUGUUCAUCCUCAUAUAAAUUUGCCCUUAGGGCUUUUACUUUUGCAAUAAAUGUUUAUUUACGUUGGAAUAUGAGUCGAGUGCAAACUGUGUAAUACGGACGAAAGCGGUGAGAUCAUAAACUUUGGGUUUGCAUGGCAGACGUAUUCCGUCACCGUCAGAUAAAUCGACAGUUCACAGCUGGUGAAGAAGCCAGAGAACUAAAGUUCAUUUUGGGCACAUGUGACCUAAAGUGUCGCCUGUGCGCAAAGUUUGCCUCAGGUCAAUACAGUUGUGGACCUUAAUAAUAACGUGUGUAAGUGGUCUUGGGAAGGAGAGAGUUAACUUCGUUUUCCGCUGAAAUGAACCCGGUCUGUGCAUGCGUGUGUAAACUCUCUCAUUUUGAUAAAUGACAGACCGGCGGUCCUCCUCUACCUUUCGAGUAUUUCUCUGAGGAAAUUCAGACUAUGCCGCUAACGCACUCCAGAAGACCUAGAGUGCGCAGCAGAAUUAGGCAUCACCUUGGACAGAGGCAAGAUUUGCUGGAAUAGCUGUUAAUUCUGAUUUUUAAUCUUUCGUCGGAAACUUUUAAUUUCUGGUUUUAUCGCUUUGGUGCAAGAUGGCUAUUUGUGCAAUUUUGCUUCUGUAUGUACUUAACAUUGUUAAUGGACAACAGGCACGGGACCAUGGCCCAUGGAGGCAGAGGAUUCGGUGGGAGAAUAACGGGCAGGUGUACAGUUUAUUGAGCACUGGGUCCGAGUACCACGCGCCUCUACAGUCCAGGAGGGAGUCCAGGGUGUACCUGAGCAGCCGGAGCGAAGGGUCAAGUCGCUUCUCAUCGGCAGUACACGACGGCACGGCACGCGUUCAUGUAGCGAUGUCAACAAACUUGACACCCAGCGACAGUAGGCAGUAUGCAGUGGCGCAAGGCCACGCAGCCGGUGCCAGGCAAUCGGAGCCGAUUGCGCCUCUGCGUCGGGGACUCACGGGUCCCCCGGGCGCCCGCCGUUACACUCCUGAAUACGCGCACAACUCAAACGGCACAAAUAUAGGGCUUCCAUCCGAAUAUUACGGUAGCGGCGCCCAGAGAAGAGGGAGUGUUACCUCGAGCCUGGAAGAAAAUAAUGCAAGAAGGUCUCCUGGGUCACCCGGGGCCGGUAACCAAGCAUCGCGCCAGGGGAACGCAGCAUCUGCGCCUAGGGAGACUGCGCGUGUGGAGAACUUAAACGCGCAUUCGGGCCGUGAUUAUGCGACCAUCGGAGCUCCCCAGCAAGUAAUGAGUGCCAGCGAUAUGUCCUCGCCGUCUGGAUCAAACGUGCCGACCGAGGAAGGAGUAACACCGGACGCUAUGGUCAGCGACGAUCCACGGAACCCACUGAAAAACCACAGAAACGCGGUGUUCUACAACGUCUAUCCAUCCAACGGACGAGCAGUCGCUCGCACUCGCCGCCCCCCUCCUGGAACUGGGUAUGGCACAAGAUAUUUCCACAACGGCCUUCCGGACCUAAUUCCAGACGCCUAUUCCAUUCAGGCGGGCUCCUACAUCCAGCGCAUGCAGAUGUACGCUCUUCGCUGCGCAGCUGAAGAGAACUGUCUCGCGCGGUCAGCAUAUAGACCAACAGUAAGAGACAUCGACUACAGGGUCCUCCUGCGUUUCCCUCAGAGGGUCCGAAACCUGGGGACAGCAGACUUCCUGCCUGUCAAACCCAGACACCAAUGGGAGUGGCACAGCUGUCACCAGCAUUACCACAGCAUGGACGCCUUCAGUAAUUAUGACCUGUUGGACAAGACCAGUGGGCAAAAAAUGGCAGAGGGCCACAAGGCCAGCUUUUGUCUGGAGGACACUGGCUGUGACCCAGGCUUCCGUCGCCGUUAUGCUUGCACUGCGCACACACAGGGGUUGAGCCCUGGUUGCCAUGACACCUAUGCUGCAAACAUUGACUGCCAGUGGAUUGACAUCACAGAUGUUCCUCCAGGAAAUUAUAUCCUUAAGGUCACAGUUAACCCGAAUUUUCUUGUUCCCGAGUCGGACUUUUCCAACAACGUGGUCCGUUGUGAGAUCUUCUACAGUGGUCAUCAUGUCCAGACUCGAAACUGCAGGAUAACCAGGAACUAAAAUGACUGGAGAAAUGGACAUUUUGGUCCGUUUUUAAUUGUUUGUGCAUUGCCGGUUUGUAUGACACCCUUGAUUUAGAAUGAAAACUUGAAAUAUUCCCUUUGUUUGUUGGAAUAAUGUGUCAUAACAACGUACUGUAUCUGUGUUUAGAUUAUUUUUAUGUUCUGACCCUGUGCAAGCAACAAAGUCUUGCAGCAACAUGUACAUUCCAUUGUUUUCGCUUUCUUUUCUCUAGUGUGUGAGUUCUUUCCUUCGGUCUCAUUAUUUUUCUUUUUAAAGUGUCCAGUCCAAAUGAAAGUAUUAUUUGUAGUAUUAUUGUACUGUUAUUUUGUAUUUAAGCUGUAUUAUUAAAAUGUGCUUUUUAAUGUGUCUCUAUGUUACUGUAUGUGUAUAGCCAAUUGCUUUAGAAUUAAGAGUAUUUAUUAUAUAUAAAGUUGUAAGGAUGUGUUGUACCUUUUUAAAACAACGAAGACCAAAGCACGGUCCUUUUUUGUAUAAUCUCUACUUGAGUUUAAUUUCUGAUUGAGUGAUUUAAUGACCUUCCACUGCAGAUCCUCAGCAACCCUAUGACCAAACGAAUCCACGUGCAUGUUCCAUUUUGUUCUAUGAAAGCUUAAUGGUUCCAUUAAACCCCUGUGUGUGGUGUUUGAGUCUG